AAGGACAGCGUGGAAGCUCUCGGGGAAGCAGAAGAAGCUCUGAAACAGGCCAUGCGCCAAGUUCUUGAGCAGGAGGCCACUGCUGGAAACGUCAGCAGCAGCGGGCGGCAAAGUGAAGAGCUUCACAGCUUGGAGGCACAACUCAAGGCUGAAGUGGCAGAGGCACGUGUGCUGGAGAUGACAAUGCCAAAUUGCUCAACACGAAGGGCAAUUUAUAGAGCAGAGCGCAGCUUAGAACACUUCACCCUAUGGAAAGCCGCGCCGGAGAUCAAUGCAAACCUCUCGGCUUUGUCCAAUCCGGCCGUUGAGAACUGGCUUAGCGAGCAGCAAAGGGAGGAGAUCAAGAGUGCAUACCAACGCUUUUUGGCCAGGUGUCAAGAGCUGGACUUGGGCAUUUCCAAACCAAGUCCAUCCGACGAAGAGGGUGAUGUGAGGACAAGCCAGCUCAAUGCAAUGGAGGUGGCUUCAGCUGAGCGGCCCCUGGUCCGUGUAGAUGCUUCAUCUGUUGUUGGUGCCUACGCCGGGUACGAGCCGCGCUUGGUCUACAUCGACUCAAGUGGACAUGUCAACCAUGAGGCACCUUCAGAGGCCGUGACGAGCUUCGACGGAACCUUUACCACGGAUUUGCCGCUUUGGAAUCAAUCUGCUCUCCGGCUAAUGCAGGCAGACUCCACUACAUCGCCGACAGCUGGAAAUCAGGAGUGUCAGAUUGCAGAGCGACCACAGAGAAGACGUCGCCCGCAGUUGCAACGAGCUAUGACCCGCAGAGAAAGGCGGCUUGAGCGAACGAUGAGUGGGCAGCCCUACCAUGUUUUGGACACAGCCCGCGCUGUCGUCCAGGCCGGCUCUACGCUUUUACCAGCUUCCGCACUACCUCCACAUGCUCUACCAGGAGUCUUGGUGCGGCGCUACACCUUCUUGAUCAGCUUCUUGUGGAUUGUUUCUGGCAUCACCCACGGCAUCAGGUGGACCUCAAAUCACGUCAUCAUUGCAGGUGAGCCGUUUCUGGACGGACACGCCUUGCAAGUGCAAUGGCCGAAGCCCGCGCAUCUUUUUGAGGUGAAUGGCCUGGAGUGCAAUGGCUCUCAGGUGCUUCUUCAAAACCGUUUCAGCCACUUCCGUGCUGUUCUUGGGCUCGAGAUGACGCAUUUGGAGGAGCUCCAGGAGCUCCAGGAGCUUCCGUCACCAGGCGAUCAUCACCAUUUGCAGAUUCCCAGCCAGUGGUUGCAUUGGUCUGUCCAGCCUUGCAACGGCUGCGCAGAGCGCUGGGCGGCUGGAUGGGCGUCCUCUGGUGAGAUCUUUGUGGGAGUCGCAAGCAACGAAAGCAACGCAGCACCACGCUUGAGGUACGCCUUGAAAGCGAGCUUGGCAUCGUGC